AUGAUGGAUCGAGUUCGUUUGUGGGUAGUUUUUAUGGCAUUUUUCGUUCUCUUGUCUGUGACAAUUGCAGAAACAGUACAAGUGAGAGAUGCAUUAGUCCAGUUUAUGGAAAAACUUGCUCCUGGAAAUAAUCCAGGAGAAGAAAACUGGGGUUGGAAUAUGAGUUCUGAUCCUUGUAUUAAUGCCUGGAAAGGGAUAUCUUGUGAUAAAAGUGUGCAAUUUGUUCAGAAAAUAGUACUUGAUAAGCUAAAUUUCACUGGUGUUCUUGAUGCUGCCUCUGUCUGUUCAGCGAAGAACCUUGCAGUUCUGAGCCUGAACAACAAUAAUGUUUCAGGGAUUUUACAGGAUGAGAUAUCAAAUUGCACGCGCUUGACACAUUUGUAUCUACACGGAAAUAAUUUAUCUGGAAAUCUCCCUGGAUCACUGUCAAGGUUAAGUAAUUUGAAGAGACUUGAUGUAUCAGACAAUGGCUUCUACGGAGGGAUACCGGAUAUUUCAAGAGUCUCGGGAUUGCUGACCUUUCUUGCUCAGAACAAUCAGUUUGAUGGAGUUAUUCCAAAGUUCGAAUUUUUGAAUCUUGAAGAAUUCAAUGUAUCUAACAACAAUCUCAGUGGGAGUAUUCCUGAUGUUGAGGGUCAUUUCAAUGCAAGCAGCUUUUUAGGCAAUCCGGAAUUAUGUGGAAAGCCACUGCCUAAUAAUUGCCCUCCUCCUCAACCUCCGGCUGAAGAGAAAGGUUGGUCGAGCAAGAUGUAUCUUAUGUAUCUCGGAUAUGCUCUAAUCGCCCUAAUUCUUUUGAGUCUUGUUGCCCUCAAAGUGAUAUGGAGGAACAAGCAUAAAGAUAAGAAAGAGAUUGUAAAUAGGGGCUUGCAAACAGAUGCCACGAAAGACAAGAUUAGUAGCAGAACGUCUAGUGAGUUGAAAAGAGGAAACAUAUCCGAGUACUCGAUAACAUCUGUCGAAAGUGGAAUGGGUUCGUCAUCACUUGUAGUUCUCUCGAAUCCUGUGGUGUAUGGGCUGAAAUUCAAGGAUUUGCUUCGAUCUCCGGCUGAAUUGAUCUGGAGAGGACGACACGGAAGCCUUUACAAGGUCACACUUGACAGUGGAGUGACUCUCGCUGUGAAAAGAAUCCGGGAUUGGGACAUUUCGAGAGACGAUUUCAAGAAGAGGGUGCAUAGAAUAGACCAAGUGAAGCAUUCAAAUGUGAUGCCUGUUGUUGCCUAUUACUGUUCCAGCCAAGAACAGCUCGUUGUUUAUGAAUUCCAGCAUAAUGGCAGUCUCUUCAGGCUUCUUCAUGGAUCACAAAAUGGGCAGUUAUUUGACUGGGGAAGCAGAUUAAGUGUUGCAGCCAGAAUUGCAAAGGCAUUGGCUUUCAUGCAUGAGGAACUUCAAAGAGAUGGAAUUGCUCAUGGGAACCUAAAAUCCUCGAACAUUUUGCUGAACAAUGGAAUGGAGCCCUGCAUAAGUGAGUACGGUCUAUCAGUGGUUAACAAUCAAGAUUCAUCAGUUCUUGCUCCCGAUGACAGCUUCCAAGAUAACACAUUACCCGUUAACAAUGCUUCCAACGUGUUUAAGGCCGAUGUUUAUGGGUUUGGUAUCAUACUCCUCGAGCUGCUGACUGGGAAGCUCGUCCAGAAUAAUGGAUACGAAUUAGGGCAGUGGGUGAAUUCGGCUAUACGAGAAGAGUGGACGGUCGAAUUUUUCGACAAGACUUUGGUUUUGGAGGGUGCAAGUGAAGAGAUGGUGAACCUUUUGCAAGUAGCUCUAAAGUGUACAAGUUCAGCACCAGAAGAAAGGCCAAGCAUAAGGGAAGUUGCAGUAAUCAUAGACUCUAUUAAGGAAUAUGAAGAGAAAUCUUUCAGUUCUGAGGCCUGA